GCUACACCCACACGCAAGCUCCUCAUCCACUAAUAGCCGGCCACCUAAACUCCACAAAUUCCCUUUCAAGAUAAUGCUCGACGUAACCACCGCAUCAUUUUCCAGUAGCGACUCCUUUCUCCGUCAUCCUCUCCCUGUCAAACCUAAAUGCACACUAUUUAACCGCUGAUCCUCGUAUUACAAUGGCGGUUCUUCCGGUACUAAGAUCAUGCAACUACCACCAGAGAAAUUCCGCCACCAAUUUCAGUUUCACCGGAGAUUUGAAGCGCAAGCUACUAAAGCAAAAUUGGCGGAAGAGCAAACACCAAUUGUUAUCAGAUUCACGAAACCGAUGGAGAUUUGAGUGCAAAGUGUCGAAUGCUUCAACUUACUCUUCGCGAAUGGCUACAGAUAUUUAUCUCUAUGAAACCCCUAACGCAUCGUUCGAUCAGUAUUUGGAGGAUAAACCCAGAGUUUUCAAAGCAAUUUUUCCUGAUAAGCGUAGAAGCCAACAACUAAAUGACGAAGAAUGGAGAGUACAUAUGUUGCCUAUACAAUUUCUUUUCUUGACAUGUAAUCCAGUUAUUGACAUGCGGUUGAGAUGUAAAACAAACGGAUACGAUUACCCGCCUGGAGUUCCACCCCAAGUCACCAAAGUUCUUGAUCUUGACAUUAUAAGGUGGGAGCUUCAUGGGCUAGAAGAUAUUGUGAAGCCAUCUGAAUUUUCGCUUGGUGUGAAAGGGGCAUUGUAUCCUUUUAGACAAGGAAACCUAAGUCGACUAAAAGGUCAACUCACGUUGACCAUAACUUUUGAAUUACCUCCCGUGCUUGGUUUGAUCCCCGAAGAUGUUCGCCGAGAUGUUGCUCAAACGGUGUUGACACGAUUGGUGGAGAACAUGAAGGAUAAAGUGAAUGGUAGUUUGCUUGCCGAUUAUAGCAAAUUCAAGAACGAACAAAUGAGGAAAUUAGUAUAAACUAUGCGCGUUUGAUAAUUGUACAUUUGAUAAUUGUACAUUGCAAAUUGAUCGAGCUUCACCAUUCUUUUUGUAGAGAUACUUGUGUAUAAAACACAAUUAAAAUGUCAAGAGUUGUUAAUUGUAUAAACUAUGCACUUUUGAUAAUUGUACAUUGCAAAUUGAUCGAGCUUCG